GUGUAUGCAAUUAUUGCGCGUGUGCCUGUAGCAGGCAAGUUCUUCACGCUCAUGUUCCGUUAGCCUUUCUUUCGCGCUCUCUUUUAGCCCGUCCUUUUCUGUAGCCGCUUUACAUGAAAGUCUUGAACCUUUCGUUUGUGCUGCCCCUGGUCCUCCCUUACCUGCGUCCUCUACCCGUUUUCUCCCGUUGUAAUUUCGUUUGCCUUCCUGUUGUAUUUCUUCCCCGUGUAGCAUGGUAAUCCAUUGCUCGAUCCACCUGACAAUUUGGUGUAACUGCUCUGUGUCCAUAGAUCUCUCUCUGCACGAGUGCCGUGCUUUGCUGCCACAACUGCUGCAUGCGUGCUGUCCGGGUCUAUCAGCGUGUUGACUCAUCGGCACGUUAAGUGUGUAUGUGUGUGUCACUGAGUAAUUCUGUCUUGCUGGCACGUCUGUUCUCCCUGAUGGUGGCAGUGUGAUUCACGGCGGGGGAGGAGGGGGUUCACUGACCGUGAGCUCGACCCAAGCUCUGGGCUAAUCCAAUCCUCUUUCCUUCCCUCGAGGGAAUGCCAGCCUCUGGGUGCGUGAAACUAGCGAUUGAGGGAAUAAAUGCGGUUGCUGUCACUAGAAUUUGAUGGGGAGUGAAUAUCAGUAAUGUAGCUGAGGAGCCGAAGAUGGGCGUGUUUUGUGAUGUUGUGCUCGAGAAGAUGGUAUGGGUCGAAGGGUUGUAGUAGGUAUUGAUGAGCAGUUGUGGCCGAGGAGAUGGUGGGUCAAAUGAGUGUGGGUAGGUGCACGCGGGUAGUCUCUACGGGUGGUUGAAAAUAGUCGAGGGCACGCGUUGAGGGCAGGAAAAGUGAAAAGGGGGGAGCUUGUUUGGGCGGAAGAGCGUGCUGUAAAGGGGGCAGCUUUUUUCGGCGGAAGAGUGUGCUGUAAGUUCGUUUGUCUUCACGCGUCCAUGCUAGAUGCUAGUGGCCUGUUGUCCAUGUUCGAAAGUGCUUGCCAAUCAACAUGUUCGCCCCCAGCAGCGAUGACUGAACACGGGUGGGACAAUGGGUAGGUGCUCAGAGAUUGGUCGGGUGGGGUAACUGGUAGGUAGGUGGUCACGUAUGGGUCAAUGGUUCUAUGGCCGGCAGAUGGAUCUAACGGAUGACUAAUAGAUGGAAACCUUGGUAGACAGCGGAUAUGGCGGUGAAGAAGCCGAUGGGGUGGAUUAAAGAGCAUCUGGGUGGGGGAUUAGGUGAGGUGUAUGGUCCAGGUAGAAAGAUGGAUGGGUAAGGUAUGCAGAUGGAGAACUGAUAGGUAUGUGUAGAGAGGACACGUGGAAGGGCACGUGCUUGGCAAUGUCUGGAGGACGGGGAAGCACAGGUGCGGACGUGAGAGAUAGUGAGAUGUGGGUCUUAUUUGUGGGGCACAGUUUCGUGUACUUGGUUUCUAGCACGUCAUCUCUCAACUGGCAGUUUGAAGGGAUGCAAAUGAACGGUGUUUCUUUUGUCGGUGUGUUGUUUGCUUUCUUCCUUAUAAUGCGGUGAUUGUUGAAUACUUGUCGCAUCUAAUGUGUUGUUGUGGGGAUGGAGUGAAGCUUGAGGAGUCCCUACUCGCUCUGAUCUUUUUCUCCUCAACGGAUGUUCCUUCUGAAGUGGCUUGGUUGGUUAUUGUGGAAGUUCUGCUUGUUGUAUCUUGACGCUAUGGCAGAAUUGGUGCGUGAUUACCUGGGCUCGAACUUUAAUAAGCUAUCUUGAUGCUCUCCCGGAGUUCCAGAUCAUUCCUUGUCAAUUUUGAAAGAACCGCCCUCCAUUUUGAAGGUCAAGAAACUCCAAUUUGUGCACGUGAUGUGUCGGCACACAAACACACUCGUUGAAUGCAUUCACAAGGCUGUGAGGAUCCUUGCUAGUCAGACCCCUGCUUAUUGUGCGAAGUUGGACAUCCUGAGGCCGUUAGGCUCUUUGUGCCAUCCGCUUUUGUGUCCAGACCAUCCAUGAAACCUGUCAAUGCUGUAUUGGCUGGAUGGUCAAGCCACAGUAUGCCAGUCGUAUGAUACAGGGCGCUGCCAAAUACGUUUGAUGUGAAGCAGGUACAUUUGAUGUGAAGGCUCUGCUUUUGGUGAUUAGUCCAGGGGCGGUAGUCGAGAUUGGUAUAUGCUAGCGCCUCUUCGGGUCGCCAUGGUGUCGAUGAACAUGACACCCUCCUCGCUCUCGUGAGGACUGUUGCCACUUGUCGGGUUGUUGAAGUGCCCUGUUGGCAGAAAUAGUGAUGGGGUGAUUGCUUUUCGUGCUGGAUUGCUCAACUUUGCUGCCUACGUGUAAUUUGCUGCCUACCCGCUCUCCUGUGGCCUUUCGGGUUUGACGAUGAAGAUGUCACUACAGGAGUCAUGGAUGCGUAAUGGUCGAGGAGCUUGCUUGUUAAUGAAAUGAAGAACUACAGUGCCUGAAGUACGGGAACAGGUCAAGGGUAAUUCAUACUGUCCGAAGUGGAUGUGCCGACGUCUCAUGUAGGUGUAUUGCGUAAAGCCAGUGGGAUACCUGUUGAUUGGCUGCAGGCAAUCUUUUGCUAUGUAGUCGAUCACCGGAGCAUGUUCUUUAUGCAUAGCUGGUUGAGGCACCAUCCGUCUGGAAGCUGUUAUGGAAAUCUGCUCUUGCCAAGGGCCUUGCACAGACGGAACUGAUGGAUGGCUUUAUCACUUGUUGCUGGUUUGGCAUGUGGUGGAAGGAUAGGCUGAUAUGAGUGGGCCAUCUUUGAGGUUUGUGUACGUCUUCACUGAGUACGGUCUUCUUUAUCUGAUCACGUCUGCUGGAUUUGCCUUUCAUGCCCCUCAAAACCCUUGCUCUGAUCUUAUCGAUCCGCCUUUUGAGUACUCUGGGAGCAUCUUCUCCCUGCCGUCCGUCACAUUGCCCUGUAUUUGGUCACAUUGCUCAGUCAUCCCGCCUUUUUUUUCAGACCUCUGUUCAUGGGCAUUGCAGCAACUGCUCGUCCACUGUCCUGCGAUUUUCUUCUUGGUCAGGUAAAUAUAUGCCCCCCUCCCCCCCGAAGAGGAUCCAUGCUCGUGGUCAACUUGUGGACCCAGUUAGCACUGCCCACUGCCUCAGGCAAGGACCUCUGCUCCGUGGCAACAGGUUAUGCAUAGGUUGCUUUUUCGAGUUGAGUACGUAGAGCUUGCCGCCCUCCAGUAGACAGUUCGUUGUCCCAAAUCUUCAUGGUCGGGCCAAGUUUGUUAGUGGUCGACUGGUGUCAGCUCAGUUUAUUUCCGAAGGAGCCCCUUAGAGUAGCUGGACAGAUUCUCCCCACUGUUUGUAUGCAUGCUUGCUUGUUGAAAUGGUUUAGACCCCAGUUUAGACUGCCACAGCCCUUAGAGGAGCUGGACUGCUUGUUGAAAUGGUUUCAGAAGAUGCUUUGAUGUUUUGGACAUGCAGUAUAUGGCAAUGAAGGAACAUUAUGGUA